CCUCGUUUUGCCAGCAGCCACCCUCGUCUUCCUUCUUCGUCUCCGACGCUGCUGACAAACACCAGUCAUGGGCAAGCCCCACGGAAUCCGUACCGCACGCCGUCUGCGUGUCCACCGCCGCAACCAGCGCUGGCACGAUCUUGAGUACAAGAAGAAGCAUCUGGGUACCGCCCUCAAGGCCAACCCCUUUGGUGGUGCUUCCCACGCCAAGGGCAUCGUCGUUGAGAAGCUCGGUGUCGAGGCCAAGCAGCCCAACUCUGCCAUCCGUAAAUGCGUGCGUGUGCAGCUGAUCAAGAACGGCAAGAAGAUCACAGCGUUCGUGCCCCGUGAUGGUUGCCUCAACUUUGUUGACGAGAACGAUGAGGUGCUUGUGUCUGGUUUCGGUCGUAAGGGUCAUGCCGUCGGUGAUAUCCCCGGUGUUCGCUUCAAGGUGUGCAAGGUGUCCAACGUCGCCCUCCUCGCCCUCUACAAGGAGAAGAAGGACAAGCCCCGUUCUUAAGCGAACAGCAGCACCACAACACCAACAACAACACCCAAACCAACCCUCGCUUGGUCCCUAUUCGUCCCAUAUCUCUUUUUCCCCUCAACACACAUGUGCUGACUCGACCUGAUUUGUCUUGUCAGUCGCUUUGAUGCCGCAUGCACGCACACACCCCUGUGCCGCUGCCAUCGCCAUGUGUUUGUCAUUUGAUCAAUGAAUGAAAUGGCACAAGUUUACUGCCAAG